CUCAACUGCCCUAGCCCUAGCCCUAGUAGCCCUCUCCCUCUCCCUCUGCGACGGAAUUUUCCCAAUCUUCUCCGCCGUCGUGCGCAUCAUCUGCUCCGCCUAUUUGUUACGCCAUCACUUUUGCUCUUGUAUCCGAGUACAUCGGAAAGCAAUCCGCCGCCGUGUGCAUCAUCUGCUCCGCCUAGUUGUUACGCCAUCACUUUUGCUUGAGAAUGGAUUGCAUGGAUGUGGACUCUCUCGAGGUCAAGAGAGUGGUUCGUGAGUGUUUGACGGAGAUUGAAGACAGCAUUGAUAUGUCAACUAUGGAGGAUGUGCAUACGGUGGAGAAAAUGUUGACCAUGUUGGCAAAUUUGAAAUUUAGUCAAGAUGGCCGGGUCUCGAUAGCGGUUCCUGAGUUGUUCCGCUGCUUGCUUUCUAAGAGACUCAUGAGCGAGCCGGUGGUCAUUUCUACCGGAGAGACAUUUGAUAAAUCAUCUAUUCAGCCGGAGAUGUAUGUUAUCCCCAACACCUUGCUCCAUAACAUGAUUACAAGUUGGCGUAGAAUUGAGCUACGGAAAGAAGACAAUGUGGAGGAGGGGAAGGAGGAAGAGAAGGAAAAGGCCUCUGACCAGUAGAGAAAUGCAGCUUUGUCCAGAGCACAUAUGAUAGUAGACAGUAGACACCCUCUGAUCUUGGCUUAUAGCUGUGUAAAUAAAUCAUCAAUGGCAACUUCAGUAGUGUGAGACAAAUUUUAUGGGAUGCGCAUGCGUAAAUUGUCAGUAUAUGCCUUGUUUUGGAUGACUUUUGUGAGUAUAUACUUUGUCACUGUGUCUGCAAGGGCGUGUAAGAAUUUCUUUUCCAUUUUCAAUGGAUUCAAUUGUUGGUUUAGUUAA